AUGGGCCUUAGAGAUUUUCGUGUGGUUGUCGCUAUAGACUUUGGGACUACGUAUUCAGGAUUCGCUUACGCUUAUCACAUAAAUCCAGAUAUUACAGUUCACGAUUCAUGGCCCGGACAAAAUAAAACAAGAUUAACGUCGCCAAAAACCAAUACAGUUCUUCAAUAUGAUACAUCAUCAUCCGACCCAAAAAGUUGGACAGUGAAUCAUUGGGGAUUUCCGGCAUUGGCAGAAGAGCCGACAAGAAGAACUCGUCGCCAUACUUCUAAUAGUUCAGUUAAAAAUUUACCCGUCGAAUUAUUUAAAUUACAUUUGGCCGAUAAUCUUAGUCAUUAUGAUAAACCAUACCUUCCUGAGGGCCUUAAUUAUACAAAAGCCAUUACGGAUUAUUUGGCUAAAAUGAAACCUUUAAUCGAAGAAAUUUUGACUAAAAGAUGGCCUGGCAUUAAAUUUACGCAAGUUCGUUUCGUAUUCACCAUACCCGCUGAAUGGAAACCUUAUACUCUUGGAAUUCUUCAAGAUUGUAUUUACGAUGCUGGAUUUACCGCAAAACGACAAUCAAACAACAAUCUAGAAUUUACCACGGAACCCGAGGCCGCAGCACUUUAUACCAUGGGAAAACUUGAAGAGCAUAAGAUUAAAACAGGAUCUUCAUUCAUGGUCGUUGACUGUGGCGGUGGUACGGUGGAUUUGACGACAAGAAACUUGUUGCCCGAUAACAAAUUAAGCGAAAUUACAGAACGUACGGGUGAUUUAUGUGGAAGUACGUAUGUCGACAGGGAAUUCAUUAUAUUCCUUGAAAAGAAAUUAGGACUUGCAUCUAUGGAAGAAUUUAGAAGGGACCAUUAUGGUCAAUAUCAAUAUUUGAUACAUCGUUUUUUUUGUCCAAGAGUGAAAUUCGGAUUUCAAGGAGAUAGACAUGAUUUUCGUAAUAUCGAUUUGGAUAUCGAAAGAACAUGUCCAGCAUUAAUGAAAUGUGUCAAAGAUGAACAUAUCAUAGAUGAAAUGGAAGAAGAAGAAUGGUUAAUUGAAAUUACAUUUAAUGAUGUAUUGGGCAUGUUCGAUCCUGUUGUCGAUAAAAUUUUAAAAUUGAUUAGAAACCAAUUGGCCUCUCCUAAGCAAAGGAAAUCAUGUUCUGCAAUAUUUUUGGUUGGUGGAUUCGCCGAAAGUCCAUAUUUGGUCAAAAGAGUAAAGGAAACUUUCGGUUCGGUUGUAUCUACCAUAACGGUACCUCAAAAUCCUAUUACUGCUGUUUUACGUGGAGCCGUUUUAUUUGGACUUGACAAAGCAACUGUUGCCACUCGCGUUCUAACAAUGAAUUAUGGUAAUGAAUUCGAAUUUAUCCGCUCGGCCCGCGGUAGAGAAGUUUCAGCAGAUGAACCAUGUUCAGGAACAUAUUAUCCAAUUUAUCCGGAUCAAACGACCAUUAUAUUUAAUGUUUAUGCUACUCCUAAAAAUCAUACUAGAUUUUGUGACGAAGUUGGUAUUAGUAAAAUUGGAGAAUUAGAAAUUGAAUUACCUGAUAUAGAACAUGGUGUUGAUAGGCCCGUAGAAUUUAGUUUAAUGUUUGGUGAAUUAUUGAUUACUGCUACCGCUAGAAACAAGAAAACUAGUAGAAUUUAUACUACUAAAUUUGCUUAUGUUAGAGAUAAUUCUUAUUUUGAAGCUACUGUAUGA